CAUAUCCAUCAGCCUAUACAGGGUGUCUGUAAAGGCUGAUUUAACAUCACAGAGCGACAUAAUUCUCGUUACUUUGCUCGGUCUGGCUGGAUGCUCUGAUCCAAUUGCUUGUUUCAAUCAAGUCUGAGCCAUGGCGGCGUCCCGCGUCGGACGGCAUUGCUUUCUGCCAUGCCAAGCUGCGUUACAUAACCGUGUGUACGCCAACAGAUGGAUAUCAUCGUUGAACGCCACGGGACGAUCUCCUUUUAUCCUCCUCUCUUGCGCUCACAAUGCUCGCACCUUCACAUUUUCCUCGCGCCGGCUUGAUCAGCGACAAAAGGAGACAUUCCGGUCUCGGCUUGCAGCUGCUUUGAAGCGUACAAAAAUACAAUGGUAUCCUAUACCAGUAGGUCUUGGUAUAGGUUUCCUCGGCCUCCUUCAAUUUUACAAGGUGCGAGAGCGAGAAGGACAGCGGAGUAUCGAGGGUGGCUCUUUUCCAGCUGGAGAUGAAGACCAGCCCCCGAAGAGGAGGAAGAUCAGGCCAAGCGGGCCAUGGCAAGUCCAGAUCAUGUCGACUCUUCCUCUCAAAGCGGUCUCGCGGCUUUGGGGAUGGUUCAAUGGGUUAGAGAUACCUUACUACCUUCGAGUACCCGGCUUUAGACUAUAUUCCUGGAUAUUUGGCGUCAACUUGUCUGAAGUGUCAGAGCCGGACCUUCACGUUUACCCAAAUCUUGCGUCGUUCUUUUAUAGAACCCUUAAGCCUGGCGUGCGCCCGCUAGAUCCAGAUCACAACGCUCUGCUUUCUCCCGCAGAUGGCCGCAUUCUGCAGUAUGGAAUGAUUCAAGAGGGCGAAGUCGAGCAGGUAAAAGGCAUGACUUAUAGCCUGGAUGGGCUUCUGGGCCAGAAGCCUCCAGGUGAAUCUGAACAUGACUCGGUGCCUGGAGCCCCAAAGCAAAGCAAUUCCAGGAGCAGACAUGGUGAGGAGGAAUUAAUCAAAGCUGAUGAGGAGUUUGCCCGCUUGAAUGGCAUAUCUUACACGCUCCCAAACAUGUUCUCUGGCCCACAGAAGGCUGGGCAGCCGACGGAAUCUGUAGAUGCGUCAAUGGAAGCUACAAAUUCAGCCGUAGCUGAGGUUCGUGCUGACCUUGCCCUUGGAGAUACUUCUUCCCAUUGGUACGCUCCAUAUGAUGCAAAGCCUCACCACGCGCUGUACUUUGUAGUCGUCUAUCUCGCUCCUGGAGACUAUCAUAGAUUCCAUUCGCCGUGCUCUUGGGUAGCGGAACGGCGCCGACAUUUUGCUGGCGAGCUCUACAGUGUCUCUCCGUAUUUACAGCGAACCUUACCUGGCCUCUUCACACUUAACGAGCGUGUAGUUCUACUCGGCCGGUGGCGCUGGGGCUUUUUUAGCUUCACUCCCGUUGGAGCUACGAACGUUGGUUCGAUUGUAAUCAACUUUGAUCGAGAGUUGCGGACCAAUAGUCUUCUCACGGAUACAGCAGCUGAUCGAGCAGCUGCAGAAGCUGCUAAGCGUGGCGAGCCCUAUUCUGGGUUUUCAGAAGCCACUUAUGCGCCUGCGAGCAGGGUCCUAGGGGGUCAUGCCCUGACCCGAGGAGAGGAGAUGGGUGGUUUCCAGCUCGGCAGCACUGUUGUUCUUGUUUUCGAAGCGCCAAAAGGUAAGAGAAGGAGCUUUGAUGAAGGAUGGCAAGGAGGUGAAAGAAAAGGAGGAUGGAGAUGGGCAGUGGAACAAGGUCAAAAGGUCAAAGUUGGACAAGCGCUUGGUUAUGUUGAUGAAUGAUUUCCAGCUCGCCGGCCAACAUGCUACCCGUGGCACUUCAUCACUGUUUUCACGGCUUGCCCAUGCAAUAACUUUCGUUCGUUAUCAUGAGCCGGUUGAUAAUCUUUUACUCGGGAUAUUGGGCUCAAGCAUACGUUAUUCUGCCCGGAUCUAUUCAACUCUUUACCUCAACCAUGAAAACACCGAAUUGUAGAAUGCUUAGUACUUGCUCUAUCCGAUUCUAUAUUCGUUGUUGCACAGACUGUAUGUUAUCAUAUUUGAAUAUAUGGUGCAGAACCUCUCCAGAGUGUAUAUGCGUUGAAUGCUUGUGUAGGAGGCUGGGCGCCACGAGAGUUUGUCUCGUCCAUUCUGUAACCUCACCGG